GUUCGUCAACCGCCGUCCGCAUUGGCCGUUGAGAUUCGAAAGUUUUCUCUUUCUUUUGAUUUGCGUUUUGAUCGGGUAUGGCCGCUCCGGCGAGGAAGGCCAUCAGAGGAGUGCGGCGGCCGUUCGCGCCGGUGGUGGUGUCGCCGUCGCCGUCUCUGUCGGGGAAUCAAGUGGUGCAGGAGAAUGUGGUGGAGCCCGAGGCGGCGUCGUCGUUCGCGCAGCGGGUUCGGCGGUUCGGGAAGUGCGCCGGCGAGAAGGAGGCAGCGUUUCUUGGCGUCGGCGGUAAGGCGGUCAAGAAGUGUGGCUCCGGCUCGUGCUCGUCCCCUGUUUCUGUUUCCAUGAAGCCGGCUGCGGUGGCGGCGAGGACGGGGAGCAGGAGGAGGAUGGGGAAGACUGUCAAGAAGCGCGGCUCCGGCUCGUCCCCUGUUUCUGUUUCCAAGAAGUGCUCGACAGCAAUGGCGAAGGCGUACGACGCGCCGCUGUUGUACUUCUCCGAGGAGCGGGACGACAAGGUGAGGGCCAAGUUCUCGUCCCCCUACGACGAUGCGGACCAGAGCCGCCAAGAACGGCGUGGCGACGAGACCUCCUCGAGGAAGCGGACGAUGAGGAGCGUGGCAAUGGAGGAGGCCAUGGUGGGUCUCCCGGGGCCCGGCGAGGGCCGCGUAAAGUACCUGGUGCACACGUUUGAGCGGCUCCUCUCUUUGGCCGGCGGCGGUCCCGAGGCGCGGAGCAGAGGCGCGAGGAGGAGGAGGAGGAAGAACGAGGCGACGCCGACGGCGAGGAAGGCCUCUGAGUCAUCGUCAACGCCGACGGCAGCCGACGAGAUCGACGUGUCGUACCCCUCCAUCGUCUCGUCGUCCGAGGUCUCCUUCCCCGCCAUCGCUGGCGUCCCAUGCAUCCUCGACGCCUCUGACCGCACCAGCAGGAUCAGAGCUGCACGAGACCAACGGCGGCAGAGGCAGAGGAGAUGCGACAGCACCGGCUGGUCGGAGAGGAGCUGGAGCAGGAAGGUGGUGACAAGGGUGACGAGCCUGCGUCCCUUCAACCUUAGGACCGAGCAAAGGGGGAGGGUGAAGGAAGAGAAUUUUGUUCAGAGAAUGAGGAGGAUGCAGCUAGAGGAGGAGAGGAUGCGCAAUCCACUCGCGCAAGGUCUACCGUACACCACCGAUGAACCAGAGAAUCCGGCGAAACCUCCAAUGAAAGAACCCACUGAACCGAUAGAUCUUGUGCUGCAUAGCGACGUCCGUGCGGUCGGUCGCGCCAAGUUUGAUCACCAAGUAAGUCGUGCAUUGCGAUGCUCGCUCGCCGUCGACGAGUUCCUGAGGGCUAUGCACCGGCUAUCUUCGAUCCUGCAGGUCGCCGAGCGCAGCAGCUUCCUGGAGGAAGUGAAAUUGGCAAAGGAAAGACAGCAAAAGGUGGAUGAGGAGAUUGAGAUCAAGCAGCUGAGGAAGGAGCAGGUGCCAAGAGCACAUCCAAUGCCAGAUUUUACCAGGCCAUUUGUGCCGAAAAGGUCAGUGAAGCCUCAAACAAUUCCCAGGGAGCCAAAAUUUCACCCCAGAUUGAUGAGGCACGUCUCGAAGGCGUAAUCAGCUUCAAAAAGAGUAGUAGGCAUCAUUGUCGUCAUUGUCGUCAUCGUCGUUGCCAUCGUGGCUACUCGAGCUGUUCAGCGAAUGUGCUAGCAGAGAGCAACUUUAUUUUCCAAAACAGAAAAUGCUGUGCAUCAAACAUCUUUUCUACCUAAGAAGCUGAGUUGAUGUAAUAUGUUGAAUGCGUGUAUAAUA